CGUUGUGCUUGAAUCGGCUGCAGGUGUAAAAUAUCGCGAAUUAAUUAUAUUAAGUUUUAAUUAAUUUCACUCUUUAAACAUGAACAAAUCUAAAAGAAAGUUAAAGAAUGAAUUGCGAUAUCACAGACGAUCUGUUUCCGAGCUAAUGGAAGAAAUGGAUCGUAUUCAGGCAUCAAAUGGAUCUUUAGAUGGUGGAAUUGUAAAUCACGGAAUGUUUUCGGAUUGCUUAGACAUCACUGACGAUGCGUUGUCGCCUGACUCAGAAUAUGAUGAGACCUUGGCAUUUCCAGAUGACAGUCUCACACUUGUUUCACUAGGGAAUCCAAAUCCAGUAUUAGUUAAGACAUCAGAGAGGCAGGAAGGAGCAAAUGAUGACGCAAACAACAGAAGCAGCAGCUCAAGUGACUCAGAAGACAACAAAUCGGAAAUUAGAACGUAUAAUGAAGUGCCUUACGCAACUAUCUACAGUUCUCCGAUAAAGUUUCACUCAUACGAUCGCAACAUCUUCAUUCCGGGAACGCAAAUUCAUGUUACGAUCACAAAUUAUGAGAGGUCAAUGACGGCGCACCUAUUCAACCCGAUUCUAUACACAAUUCAACUGGAACAUGGAACAUUUGUUUGGACCAUCAAAAAACGAUACAAAGAUUUUGCAAACUUACACAAUCAAUUGCGAAUGUUUCGUGCAAGUUUAAAUUUUCCACUUCCAUCUCGAACACAUCGUGAGAUUCGAAGCAGUUUUAGGAACAACAACAAAAUCAGCGUAUCAACAAUUAGCAAUUCAAGUGUGUUGCCUAAUGAUGAUGGAGUGGGACGGAAAAAGAAGAAAACGAAAAAGAAGAAAGGAUCGUUGCCGAGAUUCCCUAAACGACCUGACACUUUGAUUUCAUCCGAUCAAAUUCCUAAUAGAAUUACACAACUUGAGAGUUAUCUUUACAAUCUUCUGAACAUUGCUUUGUAUCGAAAUCAUCACGACACGAUAAACUUUCUGGAAGUGUCGAACUUUUCCUUCAUAAAUGCACUUGGUGAGAAAGGAAGAGAAACGAUGAUUAAGAAGCGAACAGGCAGCACAAAUCCCGGUCAAAAGAAAUGCAAUUUCUUAAAUUGUUUUGCACUUGGAUGUUGUAUUCGUUGUAAUUACUUAUGUUCGGAUUUGAUUUGUGGUCAAUGGCAGCAACGUUGGUUGAUUGUGAAGGAAACAUUUCUAGCACUUCAAAAUCCUAAAACUGGAAUGGUUCGUGGUGUUAUUUUGUUUGACAAUGGCUUUGACAUUUCACUUGGACUUUAUUCAACUGGUCUUGCUUCUGGGUUGCAAAUCGUCACCAAUUCCAAGUACAUUGUACUGAAAUUUUCAUCAAAGAAGCAAGCCAAAGAAUGGGCUUCUUAUCUGAAAAUGAUUGCAAACACCUCAGCACGAGAUUUCACUUCACCAAAUCCUUUCAAUUCCUUUGCACCAACAAGACCAAGCACAUUGUCUGGAUGGUUUGUUGAUGGCUCAAGCUACAUGAGUGCAGUUGCCGAUGCACUUGAAGGUGCUUUGGAAGAGAUUUUCAUUGCUGAUUGGUGGCUUAGUCCGGAAAUUUAUAUGAAAAGACCGACAUUGGAUGGAGAUUAUUGGAGAUUGGAUAAAAUUUUAGAAAGAAAAGCUCGCCAAGGCAUCAAAAUAUUCAUUUUGUUAUAUAAAGAAGUGGAAAUGGCACUCGGCAUCAACAGUUAUUACAGCAAACAGAGGCUUGUGCAACUUCAUGAAAACAUUAAACUUUUACGUCAUCCUGAUCAUGUUCGUAUGAAUGUUUUCUUUUGGGCACAUCAUGAAAAGCUUGUGAUUGUCGAUCAAACGUACGCCUUCGUUGGUGGAAUUGAUCUUUGUUAUGGACGUUGGGACGAUCAUCAUCAUCGACUCACAGACUUGGGCUCAAUAAGCAUCAAGUCAAAUCGAAGUCCAAGCGUUAAAUCGUCCCCAAUCGUUGACAAUCCAAUUCGCUCUCUAAUUUUUCAAUCGAAAGAGAUUCUCGAAGCAACCGCAUCAUCAACAUCAACACAAGAAAUUCAAACAGUAUCCAUAACAAGAGAACAUCAAUUAACAAUAAUUAAAGAGAAGCCAGAAAAUGAACAAAUUGAUGAACAUAUGAAGCAAGACACGCCGGAAAUGAAGCGAAAAGGAUUAACAGAAAAGAUUAAGGAAAAUGUGAAAAGUACUGGAAAAGGUUUGAUGCACAGAUUAUCGUCGCAUGUUGAUGAAAACAAGGAGAAUGAGAAUGUCCCGGUUGAACAGCAACCACCUGUAGUCAUGAAGAUCAACACAAACCUUCAAGUUGAAAUUCCAACACAUGACAUGGAACUUGAUGGACAAGCAAAGCUUUGGAUUGGAAAAGAUUACACAAAUUUCAUCCUGAAAGACUUCACAGAUCUUAAUCAACCUUUUGCUGAUCUCAUCGAUCGAACAAAAACACCGAGAAUGCCUUGGCAUGAUAUUCAUGCUGUGGUUGUUGGACAAGCCAGUCGAGACGUUGCGAGACAUUUCAUUGAACGUUGGAAUGCUUGCAAGUUAGAAAAGGCACGAGACAAUGUCAGUUAUCCUUAUUUGAUGCCAAAAACCUACAACGACAUUCGAAUCGAUCAAAACUUCUGGUCGAAAUCGAAAGUUCAUCUUGAACGUGUGACGUGUCAAGUAUUAAGAUCGGCAGCUAAUUGGAGCACGGGAUUUAUAGAAAAUGAUUAUUAUGAGCAAAGCAUUCAUGAAGCUUAUGUUGAGACAAUCACAAAAGCCCAACAUUACAUUUACAUUGAAAAUCAAUUUUUCAUAAGUUUGGGAUUUCCUGAUACGAUCGUUAAAAAUCAAAUUGCUGAGAGUUUGUUUAAGAGAAUUUUAAGAGCUUACAAAGAGAAAAAAGUAUUUCGAGUAAUAAUUGUUCUUCCGUUGUUACCUGGAUUUGAAGGCGAUGUCGCUGGUUCGACUGGAAAUUCUCUCAGAUUAAUCACACAUUGGAAUUACAGUUCAAUUUGUCGUGCUGAAAAUUCAAUCAUUCGAAGGCUUAUCAGAGCUGGCAUGAAACAUCCAUCAGAUUACAUUUCAUUUCAUAGUUUAAGAAAUCAUUCGACGUUUGAUGAAACUCCGAUAAGUGAAUUGAUUUACGUUCAUUCAAAACUUAUGAUUGUUGAUGAUAAAACUGUCAUAAUUGGAUCAGCAAACAUUAAUGAUCGAUCACUGUUAGGUAAGAGAGAUUCGGAAGUUGCUGUGAUCAUCACUGAUGAAGCUUUCGAGGAUGGAAAGAUGAACGGAGAUUCAUUUCCUUGUGGAAUUUACGCUGGUCAAUUACGAAAGUAUUUGUUCAAAGAACAUCUCGGACUUUUAUCAUCAAACGAUGAUGAUGUUGAUGUUUCUGAUCCCAUCAUUGAUUCCUUCUACAAAGAUGUUUGGUUGAAAACAUCGAAACUUAACACGGAAAUAUUCGAUGCAGUGUUUAAAUGUAUUCCUUGUGACAAAGUUCGUAACUUCCUCACUUUGAAACGAUACAGCGAUGAAACUGCUCUCUGUAAAAGUGAUCCGGAGAAAGCUGAAGCGAAACUUAAAAGUGUAAAAGGAUUUCUUGUUGAUCUUCCUUUGAACUUUUUAUGUGAAGAAAUUUUAACUCCGCCAAACUUAUCCAGAGAAGGAAUUGUUGGGAUGACUUUAUGGACAUAAUUUGAUUAUAAAAGUCAUUAAAUGUUCGCAUUUACAUCGAUUUACGUUUAAGUAAAUUACGAUAGCUCAAAGCUUUUAAUUUUAAAUUUUAUUGUUGCGUUUUAUUAGAAAAAAAGUAUUCGAUGAACUUCCAUCUUUUUGUGACUGUCAGGAAUUUUUUCGUACAUAUUUUCUUUUUCACAAUGAAAGUUUUAAGACGUGGAAAAUUUCUUUUAUGAAUAUUUCAUAAAAUUUUCAAUGUAAUCUUGCAUGAAACUUUUAGACUUGUAGUUUAGUUUAAAUUUUAAUCUUGUCAAUUGUCUCUAAGAAAAAUAUUUUUUAUAAAGUCUACAAAUAUUUUAAAAUUUUAUUGAUAUUCAUGUAAAAUAAAAAUUUAAAGAAAGAAAUUUUACAAUUUUGUUUUGAGAUUUUUAAAAAGUUUAUUCCAGGAGAAGUCGAACUUGCCGUCUUCAACUUUAAAUUGAUUUAAUUGAUUAAUGUGCUUGAAGAGAUCGCGGAACGGAGCGUAAUUGUUUAAGCAAUUCAAGUCACCAAUCAUGAUGAGUUUGUGUUUAG